UGUGUGUGUGUGCGUGUGUGAAAUGUCAUUUCUCGUGCACUCGUGGAUGUUUUGAGUUUCCUCCUCAACAUUUUGUGUCUUUUUUUAGGUGAAAUUGUAUAGAAAAAGGAAAUUGAAAAAUCACAAAAAUGCCGCUUUCGUGUCGAUUCUACAAAGAUAAAUACCCAGAGGUGGAGGAUGUCGUGAUGGUUAAUGUACGUUCCAUUGCCGAGAUGGGAGCAUAUGUGUACCUCCUGGAGUACAACAACAUCGAAGGGAUGAUUUUGCUAUCAGAACUCUCCCGACGGCGCAUCAGGUCUAUCAAUAAAUUGAUCCGUGUGGGUAAGACGGAACCCGCUGUGGUGAUUAGGGUUGACAAGGACAAGGGCUACAUUGACCUGUCGAAGCGUCGUGUCUCCGUUGAGGAUGUGGAAAAAUGCACGGAGCGCUUCUCAAAGGCCAAGGCAGUUAAUUCAAUUCUGCGCCAUGUUGCGGAUAUUCUCAAAUUUGAGACGGAUGAUCAACUGGAGGAUUUGUACCAGAAGACAGCGUGGCAUUUUGAGGAGAAGUACAAGAGUAAAGCGCAUGCAUUUGAUAUCUUCAAACAAGCCGUUGUGGAUCCAUCAAUUCUCGCUGAAUGCGGACUGGAGGAGGCAACACUCGAUGUCCUCCUGGAUAACAUUAAGCGGAAGCUCACGUCGCAACCUGUGAAGAUUCGAGCUGACAUUGAGUGUGCAUGCUAUGGGUAUGAAGGUAUUGAUGCUGUCAAGGAAGCCCUGCGGUCUGGCUUGGAACUAUCCACGGAGGAACUGCCCAUUAAGAUUAAUCUCAUUGCUCCCCCACUCUAUGUGAUGACAACGUCAACACCAGAGAAGGCAGACGGGCUGAAAGCACUCGAAGUGGCAAUUGAGAAGAUUAAUGAGACAAUUACAUCGCUCGGGGGUGUCUUUAACGUCCAAAUGCCCCCGAAGGUUGUUACGGCAAUUGACGAGGCUGACUUGGCGCGACGCCUGGAGCGUGCUGAGCAGGAAAAUGCCGAAAUUGCCGGCGACGACGAAGAGGGUGAUGAGGAAGGUAUUCAAUUUGAGGGUGAAGAUCGCGAGAAUGACAAUGAAGAUGGCAAGAGUGGCGAAGAAGAUGAAGAGGAGCCAAAGAAGAAGUAACUUUGGCACACACACAAGAUUCCUUUUAUAAUAACAGAAGAGGAUGAAUUAUUCGCAUAAAAAAAGUGAAGAAAUUGCUUCUUUUCUUCUGUA